AUACAAAAAAAAAAAAAAAAAAAAUAAAGAAAAAUAAAAACUAUCACUCUCUCUCCUCCUUUCCUCUCUAUUUAAGACCCUCCCAAAUCCCACACUAUAUUCCCAUUGUUCGAUCCUUGUACGUUGCGGCUUCUCUCUGCCAUUUCCAUUCGCUUCUCUCUGUCUCUGUUCCAUUCGCCUUCGUUCAACUCUCUGCCUCCAUUGAUUUCCGUAGUUUGUUUUGUUCCUAUCCUGAAGAAGAAACGAAAUGGAGUACGGAGAUGGUGAUCAGCAGCAUAACGGUCUCAGCCAGAAAUAUGAUUGUCUCCUAUUCGAUGUGGAUGAUACACUAUAUCCGUUGAGUUCUGGUCUGGCACCGGAAGUUGCAAACAAUAUUCAAGAUUACAUGACUGAAAAGCUCGGCAUCAUGGAAAAUAAGGUCCAAGAGUUGUGCCUGUCACUCUACAAAUACUAUGGCACCACAUUAGCUGGCCUCCGGGCAAUUGGCUAUAAAUUCGAUUACAAUGAUUUCCACAGCUUUGUACAUGGACGAUUGCCUUAUGAUACCUUGAAGCCAGACCCGGUUCUCAGGAACCUCUUACAGAGCUUGCCCAUCCGCAAAGUGGUGUUCACCAAUGCAGACAAAGCUCAUGCGGACAAGGUACUGAACAGGCUGGGACUGGAGGACUGCUUUGAACAGAUCCUGUGCUUCGAGACCUUAAACGAUUCCACCAAAGGGAAUGAUGCCGUGGAAGACGAAGAAGCAGCUGAAGUCUUCGACAUCAAUGAGUACAGUGCUGCUCCUAACGCUGGCAUAUCUCUCCCCAAGUCGCCUGUUGUCUGCAAACCUUUCGAAGAAGCUUUCGAAGAGGUCUUCAAGAUUGCUUCCAUCAACCCUAAUCGAACGUUGUUUUUCGACGACAGCCUUCGUAACAUCCAGACGGGGAAAAGAAUGGGACUGCACACUGUGAGGGUUGGCACUUCCAAUCGAACUGAAGGUGCGGAUUACGCCCUGGAGAGCAUCCACAAUAUCAAGGAAGCUCUGCCAGAGCUGUGGGAUACAGCAGCCACUGAUAAAACAGAUGGGAUGAGAUACUCCACAGAAGUUGCUAUUGAGACUGAAGUGAAGGCCUAGGAUUUUGUUUGUACUUAGUCUGGAAUCUGGAUCCAGCUAAUGAUCCACCAGCCUGCUGCCUCAUUUACGAAGUGCCGCCUAAUUAUUAUUAGUAACCUGUAUCUUUCGUCUUUAGCAGUUUAUGUCAACCUUCUCAAGGUUUUGACUUUCCUUCAGCUGUAUGGAUUAUGGUAAAAUGGCUCGUAGAAGCUUUAGCGUGCAGUCCAUUUUGGACUCUUAUGUACAAUCUAAACUUCUAUUAUUAUCAUUAUUAAGAUGAUAAUUAGUACUAUUAAUGCCAUUAAUAAUACAUAUCAACUGAAAUUCGUUCC